AUGCCCAAAUUCUACCCAUCGAUCUCUCCGGAACUUCGCGACUGGGCCUUGAACCAGAAGGUGUUUUUCACGGCAUCUGCUCCUCUCCGUGGCCGCCAUAUCAACAUCUCACCCAAAGGUCUACCAGACGCAUCAUUUGCCAUACUGGGACCGAACGAGGCGGCAUACGUGGAUGCCACGGGCUCUGGUAGUGAGACCAUUAGUCACGUCCGCGAAAAUGGCCGAAUCACCAUCCUCUUCUGCUCUUUCGAUGCAGCUCCCCGCAUUUUGCGCUUCUUCUGUACUGGCUCUGUGAUUGAAUGGAGCGAUUCUGACUUUGGGCCAUAUCUUGAGCGUAUGGGAGGGAAGACGCUGUUGGGAGCGCGAGCCAUUAUUCGAUUGGACGUUUUCAAGGUACAAACCUCAUGUGGAUAUGGUGUUCCCCAGCUAUCAUUAGCUUUCGAUGAGGAAACAAACAAGCCAAAGCCGUACUUCAAAGAUCGAGAUACUUUGGGCAGCUGGGCAAGAAAGAAGGUGGAAGGUGAUGAAUUGCGUGCCUAUCAGAAAGAAUGGAACAGCCACAGUUUGGAUGGGCUGCCUAGCCUGCGAACAGCGUUGCAGGACAAGGGCCAGAGUGUGCAUCUGGCUAAGUUGAGCAAUUGGACUCGCUAUUAUCGGGAUGAGAUUGAAUUGGUGAAAACAUCUGCUCUGUUGCUAUUUGUUGCAAUGGCUAUUCUCCAGUGGGCUGGAUAUGUUAGUUUUUAUUCGACCCAUUAG